AUGUCUGCUGAGCUCGCUGACAGUCCUCUCUCCCUCUCCCUCCCUCCCUCGCAGGUGUCCUUCUUCCUGUUCAUCGUGUUUGUGGCGUACACCAUGCUGCCCUUCUCCAUGAGGGAGGCCAUCAUCGCCAGUGUCCUGACCUCCACGUCGCACACCGUGGUGCUGAUUGCGUGCCUGUACGCCACCACCGACCGCAUGGGCCCCGUGGUAUGGCAGAUCCUGGCCAACGUCAUCAUCUUUAUCUGUGGCAACAUGGCGGGGGCGUACCACAAACACCUGAUGGACCUGGCUCUGAAGCAGACCUACCAGGACACCUGCAACUGCAUCAAGUCUCCCAUCAAACUGGAGUUUGAGAAGCGCCAACAGGAGCGUCUGCUGUUGUCCUUGCUGCCAGCCCACAUCGCCCGUGUGAUGAAGAACGAGAUCAUUCAGCGCCUGCAGGGGCCCAACUUUGGCCAGAUGGAGAACACCAACAACUUUCACAACCUCUACGUCCAGAGACACACCAACGUCAGCAUCCUGUAUGCUGAUAUCGUAGGCUUCACGCGGCUGGCCAGCGACUGCUCCCCAGGAGAGCUGGUGCACAUGCUGAACGAGCUGUUUGGCAAAUUUGAUCAAAUUGCCAAGGAGAAUGAGUGCAUGCGGAUCAAAAUUCUCGGGGACUGCUACUACUGUGUGUCCGGACUGCCCGAGUCCCUGCCCAACCACGCACGGAACUGUGUCAAAAUGGGGCUGGACAUGUGCGAGGCCAUCAAGAAAGUUCGAGACGCCACCGGCGUUGACAUCAACAUGCGUGUCGGAGUGCAUUCUGGGAACGUGCUGUGUGGCGUGAUCGGGCUUCAGAAGUGGCAGUAUGACGUGUGGUCACAUGACGUCACACUGGCCAAUCACAUGGAGGCAGGAGGUGUACCGGGGCGAGUCCACAUCACCUCGGUGACGCUGGAGCACCUGAACGGGGCGUACAAGGUGGAGGAUGGGGAUGGGCAGGAGAGAGACCCCUACCUGAAGCUGCACGGGGUCAUCACCUACCUGGUUAUCAACCCUAAGGUGGAGCGUCGGAGCCCCCAGCAGCACUACCGGCCCCGCCACACGGUGUACGGGGCCAAGAUGAGAGCCUCGGUGCGCAUGACCCGGUACCUGGAGUCCUGGGGGGCCGCCAAACCCUUCGCCAACCUGCACCACCGGGACAGCAUGACCAACGAGAACGGCAAGAUCAACACCGUCGACGUGCCAAUGGGGCAGUACCAUUUCCAGCGGAGAUCAGAGAGAACCAAGUCCCAGAAGAAGCGCUUCGAGGAAGAGCUCACAGAGAGGAUGAUCAGGACCUUUGAUGGGAUCAAUUCUCAAAAACAAUGGCUUAAAUCCGAAGACAUCCAAAGAAUAUCGUUAUUCUUUCACAACAAGUCCUUGGAGAAGGAGUACCGGGCGACAACUCUGCCGACUUUCAAGUACUACGUGACCUGCGCCUGCCUCAUCUUCUUCUGCAUCUUCAUCGUGCAGAUCCUGGUCCUGCCAAAAACGACCAUCUUGGGGAUCUCCUUCGGGAUGUCUUUCCUCACGCUCUCACUGAUCCUAGUCAUCUGCUUCAUCGGACACUUCCUGCACUGCAGUAAGAGCACGUCGGCCUCGUGGACCUGGUUGCUGCGCUCGUCCGGUAUCAUCGCCAACAAGCCGUGGCCCCGCAUCACGCUCACCAUGACGACCACCGCGCUCAUCCUGGUCAUGGCCGUCUUCAACAUGUUCUUCUUGGGGGAGUCUGUGACCUCGCCUGUUACGGUUUAUAAUUCAUCCAAUGAGACGUUUUUUUACAACAAUGGACAACCAAUGAGCUCCAUUGAUAAAAAUGGCUUCUACCUCCCGUACUUCAUCUACAGUUGCAUUCUGGGCCUGAUCUCCUGCUCGGUGUUCCUGAGGAUCAACUACGAGCUGAAGAUGAUCAUCAUGCUGACAGCCGUGGUGGUUUACAACAUCAUUAUACUGCAGACGCAUGCGUCCCUGCUGGAUGAAUACAGCACGUUCCUGUACAGGACGGAGACGCUGGACAGGCCCGGUGUUCUCAAAGACCUGAAGACAAUGGGCUCUAUCUCCCUCUUCAUCUUCUUCAUCACCCUUCUUGUGCUGGCCAGACAGAAUGAAUAUUACUGUAGGUUAGACUUCCUGUGGAAGAACAAGUUCAAGAAGGAGUGCGAGGAGAUCGAGACCAUGGAGAACCUUAACCGCGUGCUGCUGGAGAACGUUCUGCCCGCGCACGUCGCAGAACACUUCCUGGCGCGCAACUGGAAGAACGAGGACUUGUACCACCAGUCGUAUGACCUGGUGUGCGUGAUGUUCGCCUCCAUCCCGGACUUCAAAGAGUUCUACACCGAGUCUGACGUCAACAAGGAGGGCUUGGAGUGCCUGAGGCUCCUGAACGAGAUCAUCGCCGACUUCGAUGAGCUUCUAUCCAAGCCAAAGUUCAGUGGGGUAGAGAAGAUCAAAACCAUUGGCAGCACGUAUAUGGCUGCUACUGGGCUCAACGCAUCGCCUGCCCCCGAGCACACAAUGCAGGAGCACGACCGACAGUACAUGCACAUCGGGACCAUGCUUGAGUUUGCCUUCGCGUUGGUGGGAAAACUCGACGUGAUCAACCGGCAUUCCUUCAAUGACUUCAAACUCAGAGUCGGUAUCAACCAUGGCCCGGUCAUCGCGGGGGUGAUCGGAGCCCAGAAACCGCAGUACGAUAUCUGGGGGAACACAGUGAACGUGGCCAGCCGAAUGGACAGCACCGGAGUCCUGGGGAAGAUACAGGUGACCGAGGAGACCAGCCGUAUCCUUCUCACGCUGGGCUACAUGUGCUCCUGUCGCGGCAUCAUCAACGUCAAAGGCAAAGGCGAGCUCAAGACCUACUUCGUCCACACGGAGAUGACUCGCUCGCUCUCCCAGGGGAACGUCAUGCCUUGAGACGCCGACCAGGAAAGAUUGACUCGGUUUCGACACAAAACUAUUCAGUUAUUUAUUCACUUUUUAUUUUUCGGGGGUACCGCUUUUUUUCCACGGCCAAUGGGAAAACGGCGAGGACAGCGGACGCUACGCAGGAGGACCUUGACUACCUUUUUUUGUUCAGCGACAAACAUUAGAAAAAAAAAUUAUCUUAAUAAACAUCCGUCGUCGGAACAAUCCAUAGAGCCCAACGUAUGGACGCCAACGACACCGCUGUAGUUGUUAUUUUGUCAUGCAUAGAAGUGUAGGUGUACUGUGUACAGCAGGAAGACAAGCUAAAAGGAAGGACUGGACUCAAACGAGUAUACAACAAGAUGGAAGACCGAUAUACGACUGCACACCGAUGUUGAUCGUUCCAAAUAUCCUACCUAUCAAGGUCGCUCAACAUCGGACGGAAUCAACGUCCAAUCAAAGUAGCGGGGAUCAAACACAAUUAAAUCCAACCAUUCGAAUAAAUAUAUUACGAAAAGAGUGCUGUGGUAGAAGGGCGUCUUGAUCAGGACAUGCUCUGGUGAAUGUGUAUUUCGGUUGGAAAUUCGACGCGGCCGAUAAAAACUCUAAUGGACGGUCACAAAGAACUGAUGCAACCUUUCAAAGUAGCCAUGCAACGGUAGCAGCUUGCAUUCAUUCUCAGCUUUGCCUUCCUCCUCCCCCCCCCCCCCCCCCCCCCCCACACCCACACCCCAAUGCCCCAGGAGGGUCGCCCCACCGUAGGGGUGUGGUUCUGCGUGGUGUGGUCAGCUUGUCCCUUGUGUUCGCGUAGCUUUGCUAUUUUUACGUUUCCGGUUCCCUCCCGACUUGGCGAAGUCACUCGAGUUAAGGUCGAGUUACGAUUGGACGUUGACGCAACGCAAGGGGACCCAUUACGUCCUCGCAAACCCUCCUUUGCGUCCACUGUUAGGGCCUGCGUUGCGCAAUCUUUGUCUCGAGGCGACGCAGCAGUAAGGGCUGUGAUUGGCCGGUUAACAUAAACCCAACGUAAACCCCGACGCAGAACCAAAACAGUCGAAGCGACUGCGUGGUCAUUGUGUCAUCGUCCAACCAUAACUCUCGCUUUGUCAUUAUAGAGAUAGUGCAGUUAGGUGAUUCCUGAAUUACAUAGUGCAUGAGUACUGCUGUGUAGAUCGGAUACAUCUGGAUAUAGGUGAGAGAGCGAGGGAUGGGGAUCCUAGUGUACAUACGCCACCCGUUUCGUUCAACGCACACAAACAAUGGAUGUAUUUCAAGAUCGCCCAGCAUAACAUACAGAGAUAAACAUUGAUUGAGGAAAAAACACUGUCCUGUUCUGAGGUAUCAGAGCAAAACUUAAGAUAAUAUACGUCCUAGUUCAAGCGGCACCCGAUAGAAGAAAGAUCUCGCUUUUGGUUUUGAUGAUACUCAAACUCUCGCGUAUAUUGUCUCUCCUUUCACUUCAAAAGAACAGAGGAUUUCAGAUCCCCCCCCCCCCCCCGGCCUUAUUCCCAGGCCUCUGUACAGGGUCGUUUUGCAGUGUCUUCUGUCGUGUGAUUUUGUACAAAAGAAAAUACUAUCAAAAAAGUGUUUUGAUGUUUUUUCGACGAUGUUGUUGUUUAGAAUAGUUUUUUUUUUUUCCGGUUUGUUCUUUUGUUAAGAAAAACAAUAAAUACAAUUUAUAUGUA